UUUAAAUCCAUAGGCAUUGAGUUCGAACCUACUUUUAAGAUUUGCAGCAGCCGACGAGAGAAACUAAUAAAGAUUUUAGUUUUAAGUUUCUCAGAUUUGGGCAUACAAUUAGGGUUUUUUUGGAUCUCGAGAUAACAAAAGAUGGGAGAAUCAGUCUGUCUUGUGAGAUCUUUCUCGCAGCCUGCAGAGUUCUCAUCUCAUGAAACCAACCACAACCAGGUGGUUCCUCCUGGUCGUGUGCUGACGGAAUCAGUAUCGUUUGGUAGAUUUGCGAAUGAGACUCUAUCGUGGGAAAAGUGGUCUGCUUUUACUCAGAAUCGUUACUUGGAAGAGGUUGAGAGGUUUACUAAACCUGGUUCUGUAGCUCAGAAGAAGGCUUUCUUUGAAGCUCAUUUCAAGAACCGAGCUGCUGGGAGAGUAACACAGACGAAGCAGAUCGAAGAACUAAAGGUUAAUACGAAAGAAGAUGAGAUUAUAUGUGAAGUACUCAAAGAUAUUCUUGUUGAUUCAGAAGUAGUGGUGAGUAAUGGUACGGCCAUGGAUGAAGUUAGGCAUGGAGAGGUGUCCAGUGCUGAGGUUGUUUCUGUUGUUCAAACUGGUGAAGUGGAGAACUUGAAGUCAGUGAUUGUUCCUGAAGACAAUGCUCUUGAUGAGGAGGAUUCUACUUUGUUGAGCAAAGAAAGACGUUCUAGUUCUUCCGGAUCAAAGUUCUGCAUUACGAGUUCGAAACUGGAACCUUUCGUUCUUAUAGGACUGGGUGAUUCAGUUAAGAACACUAGAACAGAGUCAUCCUCGGGUAGUAAAACGUCAAUUAGUGUAUCCAAGAACAAAAGCAGAUCCCCUCCUGAACCUGUUCACAUGUCAAUCAGCUGUGCUCCUUCUGGUAAUACCGAGAAAACAAUUGUCCAGAUGCCCCAAAACGGUUCUAAGAGUGCAGGGAAAGCAGAGAAGAAGAAGAUAUCAGGUCCAAAUACAAUUCAUAUGUCACUCAACUUUGCUUCUUCUGUUCGUCCGACGACCAUAACAGCCCCAAAAAGACUGGCAAGAAAUUCCACAACACAGGUAACAGCUUCAGCAAAUGCUAGAAAUAGUGGAAACGAACCAAUGGGAGCUUUAAAAAGCCGCAAAAGACCAUUGCCUCGAACAUCCAAAGAAGGUUCUAAAGCUGCAAAAUGUUCAACCAGCGCCUCUGCUGUCACGUUACCCCAACGUCCUCCUCUCAACAACCAGCUAUCAGAAAAGAAGAGGAAAAACAUAUCUGUAGGGAGUUCAGUUUCAUGCAAAAUACCCAACAAUGUGCAAAGACUACCAUCUGUCAGCAGUGAAAAAUUUUCAACUCAUAGCAGAACCAAAGCAAAGUCUGUCAUUGUAUCUUCUCCCUUCGUCUUCAGAAGUGAUGAAAGGGCUGAAAGGAGGAAAGAGUUCUUCAAGAAGCUAGAAGAAAAGAACAAGAAAGAGGAUGCUGAAAAAGAGCAACUGUUUUGUGGCUUCAAGGCUAAUCAAAACACUCACUUAGCAGCUGAAGAACACAAGAAGAACCCACAAUUUGGUUGUUUUCAGGUACCACUGACAAGCAUGACUUCACCAAGAUUCCGAAGGAGCCAAACUUCAGGAACAGUUCAAACUCAUAAAGCUUCCUCAACGAAGACCAUAAACACCAGAAAGGCAGUCAUAGAGAAGGUCAAAAGUUCCAAGAUUCAUCCCUCCUCCAAAUCGCUGACAAAGAUCAAAACUCAAGAAAAUUUGUCUCCUAAUAUCCUGUAGCACUAAGGUACAUACACAUCAGAGACAAAACCCAGUUAACAAUUUCUUCAACAGCUGAUAUGAAACACCCUUGACGAUAAUAGUAGAGAUUCGGCUUUUCACAUUGAAGAUAUUAAAAGUUUUGUCCUUUCAGCUCGUAAUCUCAUCUCAAGCUUAUGAUAUAGGUAACUAGUGGCUUGAUUCUGAUUGUAAAACAUAAGCUUCAAGAAGCUUUGUAGAACUAUGUACUCUUCAUAUAACUACCUACUCAAUAGUUCUGUAGUCUCAAUCUUGUAUCAUUUGCAUAAAUUGAUAUUUGAAAGAAA